GCUCCGCCCGCCGCUGCGCUGCUCGAGUCCGCCAUGACGGCUCUCCGAAGGACGCGUUCAGUCGACGGAUUCCGGGGAGUCUCGGCUCGGGGGUAACGGCUCGGCUCACUGGCAGUCGAAUAUCGUAUAAAAACGUCGGUGUUUCGUGGUGAAAGCGGCGCUCCUCGAUCAGGCCUCUUCUACUACCGAGUGAACGGAUGAACAGCGCGCGGAUCUGAAGCAACACUGAGCGUAAAUGCGCGUGCCAAACUACGGUAAUAGAGGAAUGCUCGUUUUGUUCGCCGGACCUGGGUGACCCGAGCGGGGUUAGAUCAGACGUCACCGGUCUGGAGGAGAAGCUCCACCCGAACCAGGCCACCGCGGACACUAAACACGCGCUCCCGUUGAAGCAGCAGCAGCCUCCUGAGUGGGCGUGCCGAGUGGCCACACAUUAUGUUAUGUUAAUUCAUUUAUGCUCUUAUUUGAUGUGGAGUAUUUGUUUCUAGAUAAUAUGUUAAUAGUAGGCUUUCUUUGCACGGCACGUCGUGCCCUCUCUGUUGACUAUCUUCCUAAUGGAAGAUAGGGUUCACUCAGGCGUUGUACAUGUUCGUCUUUAGUGAUGGUUGAACACUUCCAAGAUGAUAAACCUGCCCCACAUAAAGAUAACUACAGUGAUAGCUGAUCAGCCCAACUAUGAGCACAAUAUUAAUGGUGUUAUAUUUGCCUUAUCAUCUACUACUACACGGCUGAUCUAUCGCCUGUAGAAUCCACACCAGUCAAUGGCGUGUAACUACAUGAAGAGAUCCCAGCCAAACCAGUCAAAGGCAUGUAACUAUAGGAAGAUAUCCCAGCAAAAACAGUCAAAGGCAUGUAACUAUAGGAAGAGAUCCCAGUCAAAGGCGAAAGGAAAAAAUCCUAGCACACCAGUCAGGCGCGUAACCGGGCAGGCAGGAACACGCGACGUGGACGCGCCCUGGGCCGUGACGUCACUGCAGCGUUCUGCAGCGCUGCUUCCGGGUCUCUGCUUCCGGGUGGGCGCUGCCGGGAGCUGUUGCCUGGCUGAGAUGUUGUGAUCCUCAUUCUCGGAGUCAAGGAAUGAGACGACUCAGAUUGAAUCAGGACUGGAUCGGCCGGAUCAGACUCGCCCUAACCAUUGUCAGUUUGCCGUACGCGGUGUGCAAACCAGAAACCAGACUCUCUUCUUCCUCUCCUCUGUCAAUCAUCCACAGCGCAUCGGCCGCAGGCUGGGUUCAUAACCCCUACACAAACACGUUGAGGAUGACGUCAUCUACUGUAGCACCACCCCUCCAUCUCAAGUCCAGGUGCCAACCGUACCCCGGGUCACAAAUCAAGCGCUUCCCAGUGCCGGAUGACAAGGUGGACUGGGGCAAGGUGUGGCCGCAGUACCUCCCUGUGCAGCACACUGACCCCAACGUGGCCAGCAGACCCACCUGGGCCGACCCGGACCUGGGGUCCAAAGCGUUCUCCCCUCGGUUCAACUGCGUGGACGGGGCCGUGGACCGCACCAGCUUCCUGGGGGACUACGAGCUGCUGCAGAACCUGCCCCUGAACCCCCGGGGACGCACGGGUCUGGCCGGCCGCGGGCUGCUGGGCCGCUGGGGGCCCAACCACGCCGCGGACCCCAUCGUCACGCGGUGGAAGGUGGACGCCAAGGGGCAGAAGGUCUCCCACCCAGCGUCCAAACGGCCCGUCCUGCAGUUCAUCUCCAUCAAGAGGAAGGACUGUGGGGAGUGGGCUAUACCAGGGGGCAUGGUGGACCCCGGGGAGAUGGUGACGCUCACCCUGCAGAGGGAGUUCUCUGAGGAGGCCCUGAACUCCCUGGCCCUCCCCGCAGCCGAGCGGGCCCAGACCCACCAACGCAUCACCCAGCUCUUCACGGCCCCGGGCCUCCAGGUGUAUAGCGGCUACGUGGACGACCCCCGGAACACGGACAACGCGUGGAUGGAGACGGUCGCCGUCAACUUCCACGACGAGACAGGCAACAGCGUGAGCGAGCUGCCGCUGCAGGCGGGGGACGACGCCGGUCAGGUCACAUGGGUGGACCUGGACUCCGCCUUCCCGCUCUACGCCAGCCACUCCCACUUCCUGGAGACGGUCGCCAAGGAGAGAGGUGCACACUGGUAACCACGGGGACGAAACAGAGGGCGGCCGGAGAGAUGAAGGAACGACUGAAGACAAUGAAGGAACCGUAUCGCACUGAAGGCUCAAUGAGCACCGUCCCCGUGUUAGCCCUCACCCCGUGUUAGCAUCGACCCCGUGUUAGCACUGACCCCGUGUUAGCCCUCACCCCGUGUUAGGAUCGACCCCGUGUUAGCACUGACCCCGUGUUAGCACUGACCCCGUGUUAGCCCUCACCCCGUGUUAGCAUCGACCCCGUGUUAGCACCGACCCCGUGUUAGCCCUCGGUGUGGGACCUCAUUGGGCCUCCAGUAUGCCUCUAUAUUUAUUCCACCCUCUCCACUCUCCUCCUCGGAGGCUCAGGGUGAAGGACUUCAUGCCCGCUUCUGAUCGCUACUGAGUGAACCUGAAUGCUACACCUGUGUGCAUAUAACACAAUAACACAUUAUACAAAUGAGUAGCACUAACCUAACCCAAAACCAGAAUCAAACAUUACAUAACUGCUCACUGUGAGCCAUCCGCUAACUGCAGUGAGUCCACUGCUAAACGCAGUGAGCCGACUGCUGAAUGCAGUGAGCCGACUGCUAAACGCAGUGAGCCGACUGCUGAAUGCAGUGAGCUGACUGCUAAACGCAGUGAGCCGACUCCUGAAUGCAGUGAGCUGACUGCUGAAUGCAGUGAGCCGACUGCUGAACGCAGUGAGCCGACUGCUGAAUGCAGUGAGCUGACUGCAUUUAGCAGCACAUACUUCCAGCCCCCUCUCGCCGCCUCGCGCCUCACCGUCGUGUGGUUAGGAUACCUUGUGAAGACCGUCCCUCUGUGAUCAGUGAGCAUGGUGCCUCCACACACUAGACAGGCCUCCUGUUGGGGACUGCGCUGUCCUUUUUGGGUGGGAGCCGUCUGGACUUUGUCUUUCGUCUUCCAAACAGAUCACAUCCCACUGUCCCAGACCCGAUAAACCACAGAUUAUGAUGACUUUAGGAUGGUUACAUAUUUGAUAAAUACAUUUUUAUUUGAAGCUCCCCUAAUUGUGUGUGGACUGCAUGCUUGUGCCUGCGUGCUGCUUGUGUAGUAGACUUGUGUGUUUGCUGUAUGGUUCCUGGACUGUGAUUACGCACCCCCUGUUCCCAGACAUCCAAGUGCGGGCGGUGUCGGCUUUCGUAUCGAUCUGAGGUAGCGAGGUUUGGCUCGGGUUCUCUGGUCUGAUGAAGGAUGACUUCACCACGCGGCUGCGCCAUGCACAUUAAGGAACAGGGUCAAUCCGGUUUUCAUCUGUUCAUAGAGUACUAACGCACUUUUAUAUUGAUUCUCAAUGUUUUGCAACCAAAAAUAAGAAUGAAUAAAAAUGUUGAAUCAACUGGGAUCUUGUUGCCUGAUCCUUUGAUACCAACGUAGUGUUUUAACUGCUUGGAGUGCUUUUGAUAAGUCAUAAUGUGGGGAUGGCUAUUUUCUAGUUAUAAAUUAUAUUAAACACAACGCAACAUUUCAUACAAUUAGCUAUUUUUUUGUUGGGAUUCACCCA